AUGGUGGCUCCUCUUGCGGGAGAGACGGCGAUUUCGGCCAAACGUGCGGAGCUCUCUGGCAAGACUGGCUUCAAAGGCUUGAUCAGUAAUAAGAAAACAACAUGUAUCGGACUUUUCGCGUCACUGGGUGGUCUGGUGUAUGGAUACAACCAGGGAAUGUUCGCCCAGGUCCUUACAAUGCCUGCCUUUCAAGCCGCUACUCAAGAUUAUGCGAAAGAAACGGGUAUUAAACAGGGAAUGCUGACAUCCAUCCUCGAACUGGGUGCUUGGGUAGGAACAUUGGCAAACGGAUAUCUCGCCGAUCGGCUUGGUCGUCGUCUGACUGUCCUGGUCGCCGUGGUGGUUUUCUGCGUUGGUGUUAUUGUUCAAGCAUGCACGGAGAAUAAAGAUUUUGUCUUUGGAGGUCGAUUCGUGACUGGUCUGGGUGUCGGUAGUUUGAGUAUGGUUGUGCCGCUAUACAACGCCGAGUUGGCACCCCCGGAGAUCCGUGGCUCACUCGUCGCUGUGCAGCAACUGGCUAUCACGUUUGGAAUCAUGGUCAGCUUCUGGAUCGGCUAUGGCACAAAUUAUAUCGGCGGAACCGGGGAUACACAAUCAGAUGCUGCAUGGCUCAUCCCAGUCUGUAUUCAAAUUCUGCCCGCUAUUGUCUUGGCUGUCGGUAUGAUGAUGUUCAUGCCACAGUCCCCACGUCAUCUUAUGAAUACCGGCCGCGAGGAAGAGUGCCUGCAUACCCUGGCUCGUUUGCGUAACGCCUCUACAGACGACAUCCUUGUGCGCAUCGAGUUCCUUGAAAUCAAGAGCUUGUACCUCUUCGAACGUGAAACAGCUGCCGAGAAGUACCCUGACUGGCAGGAUGAUUCAUUUUCCAGUCGUUUCAAGAUCGGCCUGCAUGACUACAUGUCAUUGAUUACCGACAAGUCUCUCUUCAAGCGCACGGCAACGGCCUGCUUGGUCAUGGUAUUCCAACAAUGGAAUGGUAUCAACGCAAUCAACUACUAUGCACCAUUCAUCUUCAAAGAUAUGCACAUUGGCGGCAAUACAAUCUCCCUCCUUGCAACCGGUGUUGUUGGCAUUGUCGAGUUUGUCUUCACCAUCCCAGCGGUCCUGUGGGUUGACCAGAUUGGACGUAAGAAGAUCCUAAUUGCGGGUGCGAUUGGAAUGGCCUCAUGUCAUUUCAUCGUCGCCGGCAUCAUUGGCGCCUAUCAAGGCAGCUUUGAAGAACACAAAGCCGCCGGUUGGGUCGCGAUUGUCUUUGUGUGGAUUUUCGUCAUCAAUUUCGCCUAUUCGUGGGGACCCGUUGCAUGGAUUGUCACUGCCGAAGUAUUCCCACUGAGCAUGCGUGCCAAGGGUGUCAGUUUGGGAGGCAGCAGCAACUGGUUGAACAACUUCGCAGUCGGCACUGCGACUUCUCCUUUCCUCCAAACAAGCAACUUUGGUGCAUUCAUCUUCUUCGGUUGUAUCACGACCAUCGCGGUGUUUUAUGUCAUUUUCUUUGUCCCCGAAACCAAGGGUCGCACACUCGAGGAGAUGGACGAAUUGUUCGGAUCCGUUGGACUGGCUGCUGCGGAUAAUGGACGCAAGCACCGUAUUGAAAGAGAAAUUGGUCUUCUCGCUCUGGUUGGCGUGGAACCCGCCGAUGAGAAACACGGCACGAUGAGCAUUGAGAAUAGCACGGUCGCGGUGUCUAAGCACGAAGAGGAUGCUGUCCGGUCCUGA